AUGACAACGGUCGACCUCCUAAACCUUCUGGAAGAUUUAAAAGUUGAUGAAUUUGAGAAGUUCAAGUGGUACCUGAAGACUGAAACGGUGGACGACAUCCCACCCAUCAAAGAGAGCAAGCUGGAGGAGGCAGAGAGGCAGGAUGCUGUAGAUCUGAUGGUGCAGAAAUAUGAAUCUUCUGGAGCUGUGGAGGUGAUGAAGAGCAUUUUAAAGAAGAUCAACAGGAAUGAUCUGGUGGAGGAGUUAUCAAACAUCGGCUCAGGAGCAGAAGGUGGUGAUCUGCAGAAGGGUUUAGGAAUAUGUAAGUUCAAUCUGACGAGGAGAUGUCAAAAAGUGCCUGAAACAAGUGAUGAACCAGAAGAUGAAAUCCUCUUUGACGAUAGAUACACUGAUGUCUACAUAACAGAGGGAAGGAGUAACGAAGUUGAUACUCAACAUGAGGUGUGGCAGCUUGAGACAGCUUCCAAGAUGAAGACCCUCCAUGACACUCCAAUCAAAUGCCACGACAUCUUUAAAGCCUUACCCAACCAAAAGAAACUCAUCAGAGUCGUUCUGACUAACGGUGUUGCUGGCAGGAAAAAGAGCAAGUAUGAUGGGGGACAUGAGACAAGUCCAGAGGAGCUGACGGAGGCUGACAGCGAUGUUCUUCUGAAGCUGGGGAGGCUGGCGUUUGAACAGCUGCAGGAAGGAAACAUCCUGUUCUACAAAGAAGACCUGGAGCAAUGUGGUCUUGAUGUCACAGAGGCUGCAGUGUUAUCAGGAUUUUGUACACAGAUCUUCAAAAGAGAGAAACGCCAGAAGAAAACAGUCUACUGCUUUGUUCAUCUGAGCGUUCAGGAGUUCCUGGCUGCAGUCUACAUGUACCACUGUUACACCAGCAGGAACACAGAGGUACUGAAGGACUUCCUGGGAGAAGACUACAAACUUAGUGAAUCAAAACCAAAGUCUUUCCUCAAGGAGACUUCAUCUAAUUUCAGCAACAAUGACCCAUCUGAAAAUGAUCAUAGUGCACAGAUGGAAAAUAAGCACAAAAACCAGAAAUCAAAACGAAAAUCUUGCCUUGAGAAGAUUACUGCUUGUUUCAGAAGCAGUGGUAGGCAUGAUGAUGAUGGUGAUGACGACGAUGAUGAUGAUGAUCUCGUUCAGGUUGAUGAUGAUGAUGAUGAUGUUGACGAUGAUAACCCUUAUCUGUCUCUGGAUGACUUCCUGAAGGGAGCCAUGGAGAAAUCUCUCCAAAAUAAAAAUGGCCACCUGGACCUGUUUGUUCGUUUCCUUCAUGGCCUCUCUCUGGAGUCCAACCAGAGUGUCUUAGGAGACCUGCUGGGUCAGACAGAGAACAGUCCAGAAACCAUCCAGAGAGUCAUCACCAACCUGAAGAAGAUGAACACUGGGGAUAUCUCUCCUGACAGAAGCAUCAACAUCUUCCACUGUCUGAUGGAGAUGAACGACGGCUCAGUACAUCAGGAGAUCCAAGAGUUCCUGAAGUCAGAGAACAGAUCAGAGAAGGAACUCUCUGAGAUCCACUGCUCAGCUCUGGCCUACAUGCUGCAGAUGUCAGAGGAGGUUCUGGAUGAGUUGGACCUGGAGAAGUACAACACAUCAUGGCAGGGACGACAGAGACUGAUCCCAGCUGUGAGGAACUGCAGAAAGGCUCGACUUCCUCGCUGUUAUCUCACAAACACUCACUGUGAAGUUGUGGCCUCAGCUCUGAAGGCCAACCCCUCCCAUCUGAGAGAUCUGGACCUGAGCUACAACAUCCUGGAUGAUUCAAUGAUGAAGUUUCUGUGUGCUGGACUGGAGAGUCCAAACUGUAAACUGGAGACUCUGAGAUUGUGUGGCUGCAGUUUGACAGAGACCAGCUGUACUUCUCUGGCCUCAGCUCUGAAGUGCAACCCCUCCCAUCUGAGAGAGCUGGAUCUGAGUAACAACAAGCUGCAGGAUUCAGACAUUAAACUGCUGUCUGAUCUUAAGGAGAGUCCAGACUUUAGACUGGAGACUCUGAUAUUGGGGGACUGCAGUUCGUCAGAGACCAGCUGUGCUUCUCUGAUCUCAGCUCUGAAAUCUAACCCCUCCCGUCAGAGAGAUCUGGAUCUGAGUAACAACAAGCUGCAGGAUUCAGACGUGGGGAACAGCUGUGUGAUCUUUCUGAAGAGUCCACACUGUAGACUGGAGGAUCUGAUAUGUCAGGAGGAGGUGGAGGAGUGA